AUGCCGCACCUGCUACUGUUCCUCGUCCUGGGAGCGACUUUCGCCCCGGGCACGUGGUCCGAACUCGUAAGAUACUUGGAGGUCUCGGAGAACGCUCGACCGGGCACCAGGGUGGGUUUCAUCGACGCCGACAGCCCGCCCUACUUGAUAGUGUCCGUCUCGGGGUCCGCGGUCGACUCCGACUUGACGGUGGAUCACGCGACGGGAGAGAUAAGGACGAAGGUGGCGUUGGAUCGCGAGACCAGGCCCUCCUACAGCCUCGUCGCGUUGCCGCAAAACAUUCAGGUGGUGGUGAAGGUGCUCGACGAGAACGACAACGCUCCUACCUUCCCGGUGGAUCACGUGGACGUGGAGUUCCCGGAAAAUUCGCCCCGCGACGCUAAGCGGGCUCUGCCGCCAGCCAAGGAUCCAGAUCUCGGCCAGUACUCGACCCAACGUUACGAAAUCGUGUCCGGGAAUCACGGGGACGCGUUCAGACUGUCCCAGCACCGUGGCCGCGACGGCGUGCUCUAUUUAGAUCUGCAGAACACCGGUUCGUUGGAUCGCGAGGCUCGUUCCCAGUACCACUUGGUGAUAGAGGCGUUGGACGGUGGCGGUCCACCGUUACGCACGAGGCUGCACGUGAACGUGACGGUACAGGAUGUGAACGACAAUCCGCCGAUCUUCAACCAGACGAGGUACGUCGCGAGUAUCCCGGAGAACGCGACCGUCGGCACGCCGGUACUAGCUGUGAACGCAACGGACAGUGACGCGGGCGACAACGGCCGCAUAGAGUACUCGAUCAAUCGACGACAAUCGGACCGCGAGGAGAUGUUCCGCAUCGAUCCGGAGACCGGGAUGGUCUACGUGAACAAGGCGUUGGACUUUGAAUCGAAGGAGAGGCACGAGCUGGUGAUCGUGGCUCGGGAUCGGGGCGCGCAGCCUCUCGAGGCGAGCGCGUUCCUCUCGGUCCGCGUAACCGACGUGAACGACAAUCAGCCUGCGAUCACGGUGAUCUUCCUUUCGGACGACGCGACGCCCAAGAUCAGCGAGAGCGCCCAGCCGGGCGAGUUCGUCGCGAGGAUAUCGGUCAGCGAUCCCGACUCGAGGACCGAGUAUUCGAACGCGACUGUUACGUUGACCGGUGGCGAAGGCCACUUCGGGCUGGCCACCAGGGACAACAUCAUAUACUUGGUGGUGGUCGAGAGACCGCUGGAUCGCGAAGAGAAGCCCGUCUACGACCUGUCGGUCGAGGCGACCGACGCGGGCACGCCUCCGUUGCGAGCGGUUCGAACGUUUCGCCUUCUCGUCACGGACGUGAACGACAACGCUCCGAAAUUUGCUCAAGAGAGGUACGAGGCCCACCUGUUGGAGGCCUCCGAGCCAGGUACCCCGGUUCUCAAAGUGACCGCGACAGAUCUCGACGAAGGCGCAAACUCCGCCAUCAAGUACUCUCUGCUCAACUCCACCUGGUUCACCAUCGACGAUACCUCCGGAUUAAUAUCGACCAGGACUCACGUGGACUGCGAGGCGGAUCCCGCGCCGAUUCUAGUGGUGAUCGCGACGGACUCGGGUCGUCCGCCCCUGAGUAGUAGCGCGACAGUGCGCGUUACGGUGCACGAUCUCAACGACAACGAGCCCAUCUUCGAGAAGCCGCUCUACAACGCUACCGUACCUGAGGAUAUGCCCGUUGGACGCUGCUUUCUCAAGGUAUUAUAA